AUGACGAUACGUUCUAUCGAUCUGGAUCAAAGCUAUAAUCUCCAGUAUCAAGCUCAAGACUCUGCUAUUUUCAAACCUCUUACUGCUAAGGUUCUGGAGCGUUUCCUACCCUACACAUGCUCAGUCGUUCUACUUGUGACAUCCCCCUCCCGCGGCCGAUUCAUUCUAAAGCUGAACGACCGCCGAUUCGGGUUUCGCAAUAGUCCACGCAUGAAAUUCGGAGAACUUCCCUGGUCUCCUUCCAUCGAGAAUAGACUGCGUCACGCUGUGGAAAGGAUCCAUACAGGAGACAUUCCUGACUGGCUGGAACUCCUCGAAGACGAUUUACACAAGCGGGAGCAACUGCCCGAUGUCUAUUCAUGGGAGGACUGGAUGUGGAAAUAUCUACAUGGACACACUAUUCCCCGCUUUUACGGGACAGUUCGUCUCCCCAUAUCUACCUCGCCUCUGCACCCUAUCACUGCCUUCGUUCCCGGCUUCGCUGUCGAGUACAUCGAAGGGACCAACAUGGAUUCACUCAAACCUGGUAUCGACCUUCCUCUGGACGAGGCUGAGAAGAUUUCAGACCAAGUCAUGGAUGCCUUUCGCAGCGUCAAGAACGAAAUGUGUGUCCUCCAUAACGACGUCCACAUCGGCAAUGUCAUCCUCCGAGCCACUGAUAGGUCUCCAGUCAUCAUCGAUUUUGGAUACGUGAUGAUCAGGAAACCCAACAUGAGUGAUGCAGAGUGGAUGGAGUUGGCACGUCAAUGUUCUGACAUUAGCUCCAUGCGUGCCGUUCUAGCGGAUGGGAAAUGGAGGAGGAAACAAACUCCUCGACCGAUGUCAGACUACUUGGGGAAGUACAGGACACCUUUUCACUUCAAUAAAUAUGUCGAAGAAAUGCCUGAGGAUUAUCGGCUAGCAACUUUCGAGAGGAUUCCUGAUACUGAUGAAAGCGGGGCACGGGAGAAAGGCUUUGAGUGGAGGACAAGACCUGGCGUUCGUUGCAGGGAAUAG